AUGCCGGGACUAUAUGAACACGGAGGUCACGGCGACGCCUUCUUCGCCCUGCGGAGCUGCCACCAGCUGCUGCGCGGAGACAGUGGUGAGUUCUUCUCGCCGGACUACCUGUGCUCCAACCCGUCCCUGUGGUGCAACUGGACCAUCCAAGUGGAUCCUGGGAAAAGGAUUCAUCUCCACUUGGAGGACUUGACCCCAGACAACACUUGCCACCUCAAACAGGACCAGGUCCACGUGGACGAGCCCGGCAGCCGUUUUGGUGUACAUGAGAUCCUGGAGAAAUGCUGGCAGGAGGCCAAGUACACCACAACCACCAACACGGUGAAUGUGGUGCUGCUGAUUGGCCGCUGGCCCAACUCGCCCUACAGGGGCUUCUACAGUCGAUACCAGGCGUUUGGACUGCCAGUCAUGUACAACCCACAGGAAGUCUUCAUAGAGAGAGAUGAGAGGUCAGAACCAACCCUGGACGUCACUGACUUUGGAACCGUCAUCGACAACGAGCACAUCGGGUCAAAAACGGAUUUUGAUGUGAUGUACGAUUAUUACGAUCAGCAUUCAGCCAUGACUGAUGAGGAGACAUGGGAGUCUGAGGACGGCACCAACACAGAAGCUGAGGUUGGUGAAAACCUCCAUCCACCGUCGGGGUGGAACUUCAGUCACGUCUUCCCAAUCACAGCUGUUCCCACACUCCCAGUGUCCAUACCCGGAACGUCCCGUUCAGAGAGAGAGCUCACUCACACCCAGUCAAACCGCUUGGACUCGGACGGUCCCACUCAUCAGCUCCAACCCAACACACGCCCCCCAGUGGCAGUACGAAGGAACGUGAUAGAAGAAGAAGAAGACGUGGAGGAUGAGGAGGAGGAGGUGUUUACUGCUGUAGACGUCAACAACAGCACUGAAGUCAGCGAGACCUCGGACCAGCAUCCGCCCACCUCAGUGGGACCAGAACCAGAAGAGACCGAACACACUCAUCCUCACCCCAACAUGGUGGAGCCACUGUUGGACCACAGGCAGCAUUUCCAUAGAAAUCAUUCUGAACUUCCAAACCUUCAUGGUGAUCAGCUGUUUGAAGUGACCAUCGAGGUGGAUUUCCGUCCCGAUGUGGGCGAAUCGUGGGUUUCCGCGGCUACGUUGCUGCUGCCGUCGUUGAAGACUCUGAUCCACGAGCGACUGGAGGCUCUGAACUCACCACUGUCCAUGUCUUCGAAAAGAAUCCAGAAGUUGAAUGCAGGGCUGCUGUACAUCCUCUGGCUGCAGAUUGGACCAGGUUCUGAUGGUCCGCAGGUACACAGCAUCGUCGACGCCGCUAUCCAGGGCCUCAAUGCCACAGACGUGGGUGGAGUAAUCCACAAGAGGGUGGUUAUUGUCUCCACACACACGGAUGUGAACGAGUGCAGGACCCAGCUGGUGCUGUGCGAUGUCAACGCAGACUGUGCGAACCAGCGUGGUUUGUACUCAUGCCACUGCAGACCGGGUUUCCUGGACCAGUCCCGUCUAGGAUCUGGAGGAACCUUGUGUGUGGACACGACGGCUGCAGGUUGCAGCUCAGGCCUGUCGGCUGAGACUAAAGGCGUCUACGUGCUCUUCUUCCUGCUCAGCUGCCUCAUCCUGAUGCUGCUGGCGGCUGCUGCCAUGCUGUACCACCGCCACCACCGGGGGACCUUCCUGGUCCGUUGCCAUAGCAGUAGCAGCAUGUAUCCUCCUGACCCCAACAACAACGGUCACCGCUGUGACGGCUACUCCCACCGCGCCGACACCGAAAUGCCCGUGCCUCCCCCGCCUCCCCGCGGCCCCUCCAGAGAGAGUUGGCUCCAGGUGAAGGAGUUGUGUCCGGCUGUGGACCUGCCGCUGCUGCGCUUCACCCCCCUGCAGCCGCCGGACAGCUACAUGGAGCCACGGGAGGGCGGGAAGAUAUGAGGGCAGCCUGGAGGGCGUCUGACCCUCCGUUGAUUCAAGUCUUUUUAUUUCGUUUUUCUUUGUUUUUUGAAAGUAUGAUUCUCUCGU